CUAUUGACCCCAUCACUUUCAAAUUUGGAUUCUGGGACCGACCAAGAAGAUCCCCCGCGUACAUGGCGGUUAUAAUUCAAGUAUAACCUGUACUGCUUUCUUUAACAAUAUAUCCUGCAUUUGAUCUUGAAGGCUACCAAUUUGGCUACUUAACCACAACCAAUUUUUAGACAUUGCCACUUGUUGCCUGGGUUCUGUAGACAUAUACUCAUCACACACAAUGCCACCGCCAACCAGAAAAUCCGUUAACCAAUUCGUCGAGUUGACGGGGACCACCAUGGCAAACGCCACCACGUGGCUCUCACACUAUAAUAACAAUUUUGAGCAAGCAUUGGAUGCAUAUUUAUCGAAAAAGAGCGGGCAGGGCGAGACCAGCUCUGCGCUAGAGGCGAUCUUUGCCAAGUACAAGGACCCGGAGGGUGAGGACAUUGGUAUUGAUGGGACGAUUGCGUACAUUGAGGAUUUGGGGUUCGAGCCAGAAGAUGUCUCGGCGCUCAUUUUGGCGGAGUUUUUGGAGUCUCCGAGCGUUGGGAUUUUCAAAAAAGAUGCCUUUGUGCGCAAAUGGACCGCACUGAACGUCGAAUCCGUGUCUGAGAUGGCCGCCUUCAUCGAACUGGAGAAGAAGAGAUACGCCGGUAACAAGGAUUACUUUAAACAGGUGUACGAAUACACAUUUACGAUUGCGUUAGAUGCCAAUGCUCGUGUGUUGAGCAAUGAGGUUGCGGUGGAGUACUGGAAUCUCCUCCUUGCACCUGUGUACGGUGCAAAGUUGGCUUUGUGGGUGAAAUUUGUGGUGGAAGAGUGGAAAAAAACGAUCAACCGUGACGCUUGGACGAUGUUAUUGCCAUUUUUAGAGUGGUUUAGCCAGCAGACUAGUUUGGCAGAAUACGACGAGACUGCCGCAUGGCCCAGCUUGAUCGAUGCAUUCGUGGAGUAUGUUAAUAGCCACGAAUUUCUCUAGGAAAGAUUGAUUGAGAAAGAUUAAUUGAAAAUGACUAAUCGAGAAAGAUUAAUUGGGAAAGAUUAAUUAGGGAUUUGUCAUAGAGAUGGUUGAGCAGGUAAACAUGAAGCUCAUAAGAAAUGCAGGUUGAAUUCAUUAAUUGACUAACAUUGAAACUUGUCUUUUUAGCUAGACCACGGACAUUACCUAUCCGACCUAUCUUAUCUGGUGAGUUUAUAAUUUCAGCCAAUGGUAUCAUUUAUUGGUCUGAGAGAAGGGAAAUAUUUCCAAUCCCAGUGAUAUUAUCAAUUUCUUGCAUUUUAAUAAAAUGAAUCAGAAACGAGGGAAUCUCUUUCCUGGC